UCGGCAUCUUCUUUUCAUCUGUCAUACACUUUUGACAUUUUCGUCAUAAUAUUAUGAAUGAAUUUGCUUACAAAAUUUCUGGCAAUUAAAUAUUAAUUUAAGAUACAAUGGAAGCUGAAUUCAAGAAUGGCAAAGUAGAGUACAGUGAUUUGAAGAAAUGUGGGGAAAUCACCACGCUGUUAACAGUGGGAAAGAAAGAGUUUUUCUUAAAUUGCAACUAUUGUGAUUUUACUUAUUUACAAUUAAAUGAAUUUAUACAACAUGUGUGCGAAGUGCAUUUUAAUCAAUUUUUAAAUUUGGAGGGAAAUUCAAAGGAGUUUUCAAAAACGUGCUCAACUUGGAAACACAAAGAUUCAAAUGAUAAAUUUGGAAACUCAUUUGUGAAAAACGAGGACAAUCAUUUAUUUAUAAACAGCUUUGAAAGUGUUGAAAUUGAGAGGGAUAUAAGAAAAUAUAAGAAGGAAGCAGAAGAAAACGAAGAGGGGAAGAGUAAUUUACAGCACAUAAUAGACGAGAAGGAUACAAUUUUAGAAUUAACAGAAAUAAGCAAAAUUGACACCCAUCGCGAGACUUCGGAGGAAAUAGAUGACAAUAAUUUUGAAGAUUUUCACGAACUUUCGCAGGAGACCUUCGAAGAAGACGAGGAAAUAGAAUUUUUUGCAGCUCAAAAUGAUAAUGAAAGUGAAGACGAAAAAUCUUCGAGUAAGAUGUUUCAUAUCUGCAAUGCACAAUUAGAUGUACUCGAAAAUGGAAGAAAUAAGGCACUACUUGCACAAAGGCAUGCAAAGAAAAAGUUUGUUAUUGAGCUAAUUGAAGUAUACCGUAAUUUGCCAUCAUUAUGGGACACAAAUUCUGAAGUUUACUUUGAUCGAAAACUAAAAAAACAGCAGUAUGAGAUUUUGCUCCAAAAGUAUAAAGAAAAGUAUCCAAAUGCCACAAAAGAUAAGGUUAAAGGAAAGAUUCAGGCACUUCGGGCAAAUUUUAGACGAGAAAUAAAGUUGAUGUCAGCAUCUGGAGCUUCAACUUUAUAUUAUUUUGAUGCAAUGAAAUUUUUACUUAACCUAAAACACUUUGCUGUAAGAAACAGUAACGAGGCAAAGGACGAAAAAUUCACUGCAACAGGCAGCAUUCUAAAUGAUACACAAUCAAUAAAAUUGGCCGUGUUGUAUAAAAAGUACAAAUGCCUUUGGGAUGAAAAAGAGAUUUCGUACAGAUUUGCCAAUAGACGUCGGGAAGCAUUAGAAAAUAUACUUGAGGAAUAUAACACAACAUGUGGCCUAUCAUUGACAAAAAAUGAUUUGGAUAAGGAAAUCAUAAAAUUGAGGAAAAUUUGUACAAAUGAGAAGAGGCAUAAAAUAGCAUGUAAACGAAGUAACAAGGUUUAUAAACCAAUGUGUCCCUAUUAUCAGCAUUUAGAAUAUUUGGAGGUAGAUGUUCACCCUUAUGAAUGCAAUUUUUGCGAUAAAGUGAUAUAUGGAAUUUGCCAGUAUAAAAUACAUUUAGCCUCUCAUGAUGGUUCCUUACCAUUCAAAUGUAAUGUAUGUGGCAAUGGUUUUAAAUUAGCCACUAACUUGACUGUACAUUUACGGAGACAUGUGCAGGAUUAUACAUACAGUUGUGAAUUUUGCAAAAAGACUUGUGCAACCACUACAGAAUUAAGAAAUCAUGAGCGUAUGCAUACCGGCGAGAAGCCUUUUGUUUGUGAUACUUGCGGUAAAACACUAUCAACAUAUUCCGAAUUUAAACGACAUGACCAGCGACAUGGAAACCAACCGACCCAUAAAUGUGAAAUUUGUUCAAAAAUGUUCUAUGAGAAAAGAAAAUUGAAGGAACAUAUGUACUCACAUCGUAAUGUACGUGAUAGUAUAUGUGAUGUGUGCAACAAGGGAUUUGUAAGCGUAAAGCAGCUACGUCAACAUAAGCUCAUUCAUAACGAAGAAAAGAAAUAUUUGUGUAAAAUUUGUGGGAAACGUUUCGCACAGUAUGCGGGUCUCAGUUCACAUAUGAAAACACAUGGUACAAAGCUAACCGGUAAUUCUUUCAAAAACUUUGAUAGAUAAUAGUUCAAUUCAAUCGAUUUACCAAGCUCGUCGAGAAGCAUGUACAACAACAACAACAACAACAACAAUAAACACAGCAACACCUUACACUAACUUUGACAAGCAGUAAGAGAAACCUUGGUUCUCUAUUUAAAACCUCAAUGAGUUAGUGAAAACUCAUAGUUCCUAAAAGUAUAAUAUACAUGUAUCACUAAAAUGUUAUUGAAAAUAUAAAAAUGAUUAUAAUUUUGAAUAGAAA